CGCGAACGCCCCCAGCAGGCGCGUCACGUGACCGCGCCAGGAGCCAAUCACGAUCGCCCAGCGCGGCACGGAAUUCCUCGUCCACUCGACUGAGGCCUUCGCGAGGCGGCUUCCACGUCUCUGAACUGUGCUGACACCAUGAGAUCGGGAGCCUUGCUGGGUGCCGGCCUGGCGUGCAUCCUGCUCUGCCUCCUCCAGGGCAGCGCAUGGGCCACCGAGGGCAAAAAGAAGCUCCAGAUCGGAGUGAAGAAACGCGCAGACAGCUGUCCCAUCAAGUCACGCAAGGGCGACACCCUCCACAUGCAUUACACCGGUACGUUGGAGGAUGGGACGGAGUUUGAUAGCAGCAUCCCACGCAACCAGCCCUUCAUCUUCACUCUGGGCACCGGCCAGGUCAUCAAAGGCUGGGACCAGGGUCUGCUUGGAAUGUGUGAAGGCGAGAAGAGGAAGCUGGUCAUCCCGCCUGAACUUGGCUACGGGGAUCGAGGAGCACCGCCAAAAAUUCCUGGUGGAGCUACCUUGGUGUUUGAAGUGGAGCUUUUACAAGUGGAGCGUCGAGCGGAGCUGUAAUCCAGCGCGAACAAAACAGAAAUCAUUCCUACAAAUUGCAAAUGCAUUAAUAAAUUCUACUACAAAAAAAAUCGUUUCCGCUUCCUUGAUCAUUUUUCAUGGAAAAUUUUACGCAUUGCUGUUUUGUUUAGUACAGUAAUGUAUACUGAUUUAUUCCAAAACUUUAUAAGUCUACCCAUUCAGAUUUACUGUCGUGCUAUAUUUUCGUUUGUUGUCCGUGCACAUGUUCUAAUAUUAAACAAAUGUGGAGUAUUGAAUUUAAUCUCCAAUUUGGCCCGUGAAUGGUCUUUUGCCCCAGUGAACAUUGUAAAUUACCCUUUUUAUGGUUUCUUCAUGUCCCUGCCAGCACAACAUCAUCAUCUUAUUUACCUUGCCAACAUCCCCCCGCUUGUAUUUAAUCCAAAAAAAAUUAACGGCUAAAAGCUCCCAGUUCUGUGCGUUGCACGGAAAAUUGAACAAUUGAUGGGCAGUAGCGCCAGCGAGUUUACGGUUUCAUUUGCAUCGCUGGUUAAAAGGGCAACACAAAAAAAAGGAUUUACAGAAAACACCUUGUGGCUUGUCCGUCGUAUGCACCUCGUGCUUUCUUGCAGCGGAAGAUUACGCAACAUUAGCCCAUGGUUGAGUGUGCCGUGUCAACUCAACUCCCACGAGAUGCUCGAGUGAGCACAUCAUGCGCCUGAUGUGUAGUUUUUAAAAAGUGACCUUUACAAAAGCCUCGAGGUCAGCGGGUAUUGCGUUAUUACAUAUCCCAAAACUCCCUUCGAUAGUAUGUUUUACAGUGCAAAAAAAAGGCAUCGUUAAAUGAACGUAUGCUUCCGAUGAACGUGUGUCCCCCAUGCAUUACGCAUUGGAGGUGCAGCAGCAGUAUUUUACAUAGCCGGUUAUUGGCAAGCCUAUCACUUAAGCAUUUGACUCGACAUCCGGUGUAUGAUGGUACAGUAAAAGGAUAAAGGCUGUGGAUUUAGUUUUUUAAACCACGUGUGUAUCGCCAUGAUCAAUCUUUUGGAUGAAGGCCUCCCCAAAUCGCCAUAUAUCGCUGUCCUGCGAUGUAUAAUUCCCUCUCAUUGUCUCACCUUCCUCAAUUCAAGAAACGCGUUAACUAUUACCCAUGACAACGAUAGUAUUCCGGGCCCAGUAAACGUGAUUUUUUUACGAGAAUUUCAUAAUAAAUGUUUAUAAUUUCAA